AUGCUCUCGCAGCCGCUGCCCGGCGGCAUCUUGCUAAACGGCGAUGGACCAGCCCCACUGGCUCCCCCGGGCCAAUCUGGCGCGGGCCAGGGCCGCGAACGCGGCCGCCCUGCGGCUAUCAUCACUUCCCGGAGCAGUGCAACAUCCCGUUCCCCCGCCGCUGCAAUUGGCAGCACCGCCGACUCUCACGCGGCCGCGGCCGCUGCUGACGCCGCCUCUGUCGGCAACAACGGUAGCUCGUCGCCGCGCAUCCGCUUCGCGCCCCUGCCCGACCCGGCGCUCAUGAAGCCCCGCAGCCUGUCGACGGGCCGCAACGUCGGCCUGACGGCUGCCGAGGGCCCUAACGGGGAGCGCGAGUACAACGUCGAGCUCCACUACGGCGACCACGAGCACGCGCUCGACGACGGCGACGACUCGGAUGAAUACGACUACGACCCCAGCGGCCGCCGCCGCUCGUGGGUGCCCAGCAUGGGCUCGGUGCACCUCGGCUCCAUGGCCUCGGUGGGCUCGUGGAUGGGCGGCAAGAAGCUCCUCGGCAAGCCUAAGGAGGGCUCGGGCGACGACUAUGGCGCUCCGCUCAAGAAGAGCGUGUCGGCAGGCAGCAUGUCUGGGACGUCGCCAUUCCGCCUCGCCGCUGACGGCGGCAAGAAGAGCCUGCUCUCCACGUCGCCCUCGUCGUCCGUGUUUGGCAGUCUGGGCAGCAACCGCCGUCCCAGCGCCAGCGUGCCCCAGCCCAACGCCCACCGCCGCGGCGGUUCCGGUGAUGCCGGCGCCAGUGCCCUCGCCACCUCGGCGCCCAAGGUCCGUAUGUUGAAUGGACGCGUGUACGGUGCGCGCCGCGCGAGCGAGGCCGCCGCCGCCGAGGAGAUGCGCCGCCGGCGACUCGAGCCCGAGUUUGUCGAGUGGGGCUCUGGACACGGUGCAGCCCCCGCAAGUGUGGGGUCUAGCUCUGUACCGAGGCGCAGCAACGACCCGGACGACGACGACGGAGGCGGCAUGGCGUGGGUCCGCAGGCGUCGUGAGGAGCGCGAGCGCCGCGAGCGCGAGGAGAAGGAGGCCAAGGAGAAGGAGGACGAGGAGAAGGAGGACGCCGCCGAGGCGUCCGCCGACGUCGACGUCGGGCCCAUGGGCGAGCGUCUCGAGCCCAGCACAGGUAGCGCGCCCGCAGCCGCCGUGUCGCCCUCGGACCGACCUGCGAGUCUCAGCAGCUCGGCGUCGUCGUCCCCCGCGCCCGCCAACGGCCCACUCACGCCGCACGAGGCGCCCGUCGACCUCGGCACCUUCCCGCCCGUCAUCAGCAUCACACCCCCCGUCAAGCGCCAUGCCACGCCCGUUGGCGAGAACGCGCAUGUCGUCCAGGCCAUUGCGAUCCCCGGAUCGGAAAAGCGCAUGGCCCGCCGCGCAGACUCGGAAGAUGGCGAGGAGGAGGAAGAGGACGAGGACGACGGCGACUUUGACGAUGACGACGAGGAAGAAGAGGAGAUGGGCACCAGCCGUUUGUGUUCCGAGGCCGCCGGUGUCGAGAUUCUCUCGCGCCACAAGUCGCCGUAG